UAAUUAAUAAUUAAUAAACUUUGGUAAUUGUGUUAUUGCAAAGUGACAAAUUGUUAAAAGAAUAAUUUUAAGUUCCAGCAAAUAUGUUAAUAAAUAAAGUGAAAGUGUUUAGACAGCUUGUUAGUAAGUACGUUAAUAAAAUGAGAUCAUUAUAAGUAUGAGUAAGUAUGAAUGAAUGACUAUGACUAUUAUACUUAGGCUAGGCCCAAAACAGUGAAACCCCUGCUACUGCAAGGGGCCUUUAAGGUAGUCUUAAUGUGUGAUGUGGAACAAAUGUAAACAAUCAACUUUGAAUCCAUGGGGUACAAAACCAAAACGUUUCAAGGGACUUUUAAAAGUCAUAAAAUGGUUUUGAUUAGGCUCAUUAGGCCUAUUAUUAAGUAUUAUGUCUGACACUUUUUUGAGAGUAUUCCUGAUAGAAAUGGACCAACAUCAGUCUGCCUCGGGUGGCUCUUUUUUCUUCAUAUUGAUGGGUUAUAUUUUCAGCUAACUGCUGCGUUUUUCUAAGAAUGGGAGGCAGCAAAAAUCUUGACCAGCACGGCAGCUUGUAACCUAGCUUGCCAUUGACCAGCAUAGCCCUAAGUUAUGAAAAUUGUUUUAGGGCCUAGUCCUUUUAUUGAUUAAAGUAUAUAUUGUACAAGUAGAUACAAUUGCAGUGGGUGUCGAAUUGAAACUGUUCUAAAAUUAGAUAACUAUCAAAUGCCACUGUCGAUCUAUGCUGUGGGGCCUUCCAUACAUGACGGUAUGCUUCUAUGGUAGGAGGGGGUUCACAUUUUUGUGAUGAGGCGGAGGAUGGGGGUUAAGUAAUGUGAUGUCACAUUAAAGGAGUAAAAUUCUUGAAAAAAUUGCCCUUCAUAACACUGUAUUAAAGACAUUUUAAACAUUAUUCUUUUAUUUAAAAAAAAAAAAUUAUUAAUUAUUAUUAUAAUUUUUUAAAACUAGGAUCGCUGAGAGAAUCAGUACAGGUAUGCGAGUUUUGAAAAAUGGCUCUGAUAAAGUUAUAGGAUUUCACAGAGGAGGAGAAUCAGGGUGUAGUGGCUUUGACAGUCAUGAGAAUUUAUGUUGAAAUGUGGAAUAAGGAAUCAUAGAAUUAGGGCUACCACAUGCAGUGAGAUGGAAAAAAAAAAAUGGUUGACUGGGGGGUGGGGGUUUGAUUUUAAUAAAUUUUCAAGGGCAGGGAUUCUCAAACUUUUGCAGCGCUGCAUCCUCUCUCAAUUUAUAAACAGUUACAGCAAUCCCCCCUCACCCCGAUAAAUUAUAUUGUAAUAAAAAUUUAAAAAUUAAUUUGUCGUUUUAUUUGUUUAAUUAACUUUCGAGAAACAAGAAAAAAAUUAACCAGUAAUGAGUAAUGUGCAAACAAAAUUGACCAGAAAAAAAAAUUUACUGCCACUAAUCAAACUGCAUAGAACUGAUAUUAUUUUAAAGGCAGGAACAACUAGCAAUGGCAGCAAAGGAAAUUUAUUGUCUGGCUCUUCUGGGCACCUGUAGGGGCUUCAGUCCUGUUUAAGAAUCUUUGUUUUAGGGCAAUGUUUCUGAUACAGGUGCAGUAAUUCGAUAUCCUUGGGAGGUGAUUUUUUUAAGUGUUUAUAGGGACAGAUGGAUUUUUAUAGUGCGUGAUGCAGCGGUGUGUGAUUUCAGGGGGGGGGGGGGUUGUGAUAAUUUUGUGGAGUGGGUGUAAAAAAAUUGGCAAAAUUUUUGUGACAUCAUUUAUGGAUGGCCCCUUUAGGACUUUUUGACCUUCCUGAGCAGAACAUUUAAGAAUGCUUUUAUAGGGACAGAUGGAUUUUUAUAGUGCGUGAUGCAGCGGUGUGUGAUUUCAGGGGGGGGGGGGUGGGAUAAUUUUGUGGGGGGGGGGUAAAAAAAUUGGCAAAAUUUUUGUGACAUCAUUUAUGGAUGGCCCCUAUAGGACUUUCUGACCUUACUGAGCAGAACAUUUAAGAAUGCAUUGUAAAAACCAAUGACCUGUUAAAUACCGGAUUCCUAAAGCCAAUCAACUGUUUUAAAAAGAAUUAUAUUAGCAUCCCUAAUAAAAUUUAAGUUGGUUUUUUAGUCCACCUUGGAAAAGCUGUUGCUCAUGACUACAUUUAAUUUCUUUUGUCUCUUUAGCUAAGCAAGUUGCAUCAACUCAGCUCAGCAUAACUACUAAUAUAUUCUUAGAGAAUUAUGGGAAUCCAUAGAGAAAGCAGCUUUUUAUUGCUACAAACCAUCAUGGGUGUGACAUUGAUAAUUUUGCUCUUGGGUAUCUCUGUGAUAAAAUGUGAGGAACCUAUUGCUGUAGCAGGUAUAUCACCCAAUGCAACAGAUCUGAAAUACAAUAUAUCAAGCACAGGAAAUGGAACAGAUCACAAUAAUAGUUCAGAGCCCCAUAAGCGGCAUGGAAGCUUACAUGUUGCUGCAAUUGCUUAUCAUGAAGUCAGAGAUCCUUUAAUAUUCACUAUUGUUGUUCUGUUGGCAGGCAUAAGCAAAAUUGGUAAGUUCUUAACUAAUUUCAGCACAGAUUUGUUCCCAGUCUAAAUUUAAAUAAAUGAUUUUUUCCCUUCAAAUUUUUACAUCAAACAAAAAGUUCGAGGGGACCCAAAUACUGCUUACAUUACAAAUUUUUUAAAUAGACCAGAAUAGUAAAAUAUGCAUUUUGAUUAUUAUCUUUAAGGCAAGUGAUACUAUUAGAUCUAUGUAUUUUUAAAGAAUUUUGAAAAUUAUGAUUAAGAGAUUAUUUUUUUUCUUAACAGUAGCAAAAUCUGUAUAUUGUUCAAACAAAUUUCAGGUUAUCAUCAUGCUAAUUUCCUGUCCAGUAAAAUUCCAGAAUCUUGGCAAGUAUUUUUUUUUAAAUUAAACAUUUGAAAUAAGCCUUAAUGGUUAAAUACAACAUUACAUUCAACAUUUCCUGACAGAAUUCCACAAUUUGAUACUUGUAGUUAAUCUGUUUUAUUUCAACAGCAAAUAUUUAUAUCAUCACAAUAGCAAAUAUUUAUAUUAUCACAAUAGCAAAUAUUUAUAUCAUCACAAUAGCAAAUAUUUAAAUCAUCACAAUAGCAAAUAAUUAUAUUAUCACAAUAGCAAAUAUUUAUAUCAUCACAAUAGCAAGUAUUUAUAUCAUCACAAUAGCAAAUAUUUAUAUAUCACACUUUAUAAAUUAGAUUGAAUUAAGUCAUACAUGUCUGAAAUGGCCUUCAUGUUUGUAAUCACAUAGACUUAGUUCAUACAAAUAGCACCUGGUAACCAAUCAUUCCACAGCCUCCAUGGGGACAUCGUAUCCAUCAAUUAAAUACACAACACGAAUAUACAAAAUUAAUAUUUUGGGGUUAGAUGGGAAGUUAAUUGUUAUUGGGAAUAUUCAUACUCUUCUUAAUUGAUUGCUGCAAGUAUUAUCUAAAAAUAACGGUCACAAAGGGGGUUAAAGCAUGUAUUAAGGUAAUAGAUUUAUCGGAAAAGGAAUAUAAAUGAUACUUUGGAAACAGAAUGAAAAUUAUAAUUACUAAAAACUAUAAUUUUCAAAUGUUUUUGUUUUAAAAAAAAAAAAGGAAAAUUUGUAAUUAAAAAGCUUUAAAUAAAACUUAGGGUUUUCAUCUGAUGAUAUUUUCAGCAUCCUCAUCAUCCUUGGAACUUUCUUUGGUGCUAUCAUCCAGUACGUAUAUGAAGAUAUGUCAGUUAUUGCCAUAGGAAGAGUAUCCCAUUUCAUUUGUUGUUUUUAUUUAAUUGUAAAUGCUGACCACAAAAGAAAUCACCCCAGUUAAAAUUGAAAUACGGCUACAAAUUUUUUUUUUUUGGUAUCUGUCUUAUUAAAAUUUUAAAGAUGAAUUUUGAUGAAUUCCAUGUUUAUUAUACAUUUUCAACCAUCUCUUAAAGCAGUAACAAAAUAAAUACACUGAUUCUUUUUAACUCUCAGUUUCUCAGGUAUAUCUCAAAGCUUACCAACAUUCUUCAAACCGCAUGAGUUUUUCAUUUUUUUACUACCACCGUGAGUAUGCUUCUCACUAGCCUUCAGUAAGGGGUUUUUUUGGUGCAUGGGGCUGGGAUGGAUGAGGUACAGAAAUGUCCACCUUAGUAUGCCUGGGAGAUUGACAAGUGCUGAAUGUGCCUUCAUUUAAUGGACAAAAUAAAUAUAUUUUCAAGUUUGUUUUAUUUUCAAUUAAAAUGUAUGUUUAUAAAAUAAAUGCCCUUUUUAUGCCUCUUAAAUUUGAAACCCUGGGAACAUGACUCUCCCACAUAAUUCCACCGACACUACAUGCUCGUUUAAAACAAUUUUUUUAAUUCUAAUUAAAUAUAUUCAUAUUGCCUGUGCCAUGAAGAAGUUGAUAUUUGUCAGAAUUUGACCUUAAAUAAGGGUUUAUCUUUUCAAUGGCAUACAAUUUUUGGAAAUGUCUACUUAUUCUUUUAGUGGUUUUGUCAGAAUUGUUUUUAAAUAAGUUUUUGAAUUGCACAUUGAUAUUUUCUCCCCAGAAUCAUCCUUGAGGCUGCUUUCAGUCUCCAUGACAGAACAUUUAUGGAGAAUAUUGGCAGUAUUCUACUUUUUGCUGUUUUGGUAAGUAGACAAGAUUUUUUACUCUCCUCUGAAAAACUAUGAAAAAAAACCAUCUUAAUUAUUUCCCCACCCAGAAAUAUUCAGAGGCAAAAAGGAGAUAGGAUUAUAAGAUAGUUUGCUCAAUGCUGAAUUUAGUUUUAAGUGUCAAAUAUGUUUUCUGUCAUUGUUCAUGAAAGCAUGCUUUUUAAAAAAAAAGUAGAGAUUUCGAUAAAAAGAAGUGACAUGAUCUGCUAAAAAUCUAGUUAUGGUUCUUGACAGUAUUACUAAAUUUGUGUGGUUUUUCCAAAAUCAUUCCAAAAAUUAUUAUUUUUUUUUAGCUUUUUGCCCCAAAUAAAAGAUUAUUGAUUGUUUUAUGAUUAAAGUGUUGUAGUGCAGUAAUGUGCUUGUGCUGCUGAGCAUUAUAUGGAUUUUUUAAAUAUUUGCUUUAAUUAAUCUGUUAGAUUUAUAACAAUAUUAUAUUCUUAGAUAAUAAUUUUUUUUUUUUUCAUGGUUUAUGUGGUUCAUCAAUUUGUUAAGUGUAUAUAUUCAUUCCUUUACCAUGAGUGUCACCACCAAAUGGUAAUAUUUUGAUGUAACUGUUGUGAUAUUUUUUUUGUACACCCCUGAUUUAUCUAGUCAGAUUGAUAGGCUUUUGACAGAUUUUUGAGUCUCAUAAUAAUUCUGUGAGUUCAGCAUUUUAACUUUUAAGGAGAAAAGGUAUACAAAUUUAUAAGCCUCUGGCUGUGUUAUGUUCUAGGUCAUAGUCAUAGACCAUAGUCAUAGACAGUAGUCAUAGACUGUAGUCAUAGACCGUAGUCAUAGACCCGGUUUCUCCAUGUUUCUAUCAGUGUUUUCAUCCCUUUUAAAAUAUCUUCUCCUGUACAUGUCCAAGCCAUUUCACCUUUAAUCAUUUACCAGUGGACACCAUAGGUCAAAUCAACAUAUUUGAAAUUUAUCAAUCAGAAAUUUUUUGCUGCAUGUGCGGGGGUUUGGGAAUGUGCCCAAUCUAUGACAUGCAUUGUUACAAGGGCAAACCCCUGCUUGUGACAGCAUCAAAGUGUGUGUACAUGUUCUAGUUUUCAAUUAAGAAUCACUUGAGAUAAGGAAAGUAAUUGGAUGGAUUUGGUCAGCCUAAAAAUAGCCUCGAAUCCUCCAGUGUAAGAGAUAGGCGGAAGACUGAUCAAACAUUCAUGUUUUAACAUGGUUGUAAUGGUUUAGGUAUGCCCUACUUCAUGGUGGUCUGUCACAGGCAGCUUGUUUGAAUGACAACAUAUAAAGAUAGAAUACACCUAUUAAAUUAGGCGAUAAGCAUGAGGCUGGUAAUGACUUAGAGUGAGUUGUGGUUUUAUAAUCAAAGCACCUGUGCUGAGUGCCCUCCUGUUAUUUCGCAAAAAAAAAACCCCAAAAAUAUAUAUAUAUAUAUAUAUAUAUAUAUAUAUAUAUAUAUAUAUAUAUAUAUAAUGUAAAUAGCAAUAAGGAGAAAGAAUAUUUUGAAAAAACCGAGAUAUUUAUUUUGUCAACCUCCUAUUCGAUUAUGGUGCUCCGUGUAGAGACUUUCUUAAUGUUUUCAGUUUAUAUAGCCUUGGUAAACUUACCUGAAUUAAUCUUGUAACAUCAGUAUUGUAUGAUAUUGGACACAGAAACAUUAAUACUGUAAAGAAAAUAAUACAGUGCAUGGCAAAAUACAGAAGUGCAAUUUAGCAAUUAAAUGGAAAUAUAUAUAUAUUUAUAUAUAUAUAUGGCAUCCUUCUGACUUCACGAGAUGAUGGAGUAUCUAUGUACGCUUCAAUGAAUGGCUCACUAGGACAAUCCUGGAAUUGCAAUCUCGACUGCAUUUCUCGCAGGAGAAUAUUGACUCCUGGUUAGAUGUGGCCUUACGUAUUGUUCUUUUUGUAGCAAGGGCUUCGUUUUGCCCAUCUUCUGCCUUUUUGACCCCUUCAUACACUGCUGUUUGCCAUCUGGAACGUUGUUCAGCAAUGAUCUCCGAUUCAUGUCCGAUUGAUUUCAAUGUUUUCUGCCCUCAUGCUCCUUUUGCAAAAGUUCUUAAAUUGCAGCCGCGGCUGUCCAAAAGUCUUGCCUCCUCUGUCAACUCUCCAUACAUCAGAUCCUUUGGAAUACAGCAUUCCCCCAUCACCAUUCUGGCCUAACUAGCAAAGGCAAAUCUUGCUAAGAGCAGAGAAUAUGCUACAUAUUUUGGCACAUCCCUCUGUGUUAGGCACCAUGUUCUGCCAUUGAAUUCGCGAAAUGCGAUGCAGACAUCUUUGAUGGUAGCUGUUUAGUUUCCGCACAUGACUGGCAUUUUUAGUCCACAUUUCACUGCUAUGUUAGGAGCACACUAAGCACACAUGCCUGAUAGACGCUUAGUUUUGUGCUUUCUGUGAGUUUAAGAUUAUUCCACACCUGCUUAUUUAACUUAGCCAUAAUUGCUUCUGCUUUUGCGACCCUGAGACGAGAGAUAUUUGAUCAAGGUAUGUGAAAUUCUCAACUAUUGACAGAUUAUGGCGGUCAAUAGUUAUUUUUGGAAGGGACUGUGCUUCUUGCAUCAUGUCAUUUGUUUUCUGUAGAGUAAUGGCCAGUCCAAAUUCUUUACAUGCAAGUGAGAGGCGAUGAAAUUUGGAAUUUAUAAAAAUUUUCAACUAAUUUUCAAUAUUUUAGUGAAAUUUACGGUUCUGAACAAAAUUGCAGUCACAGCAAAUAUCUAUCUACUUGGGGAUAAUCAUGUUAAACAGAACAGUCUGAUGAAGAAUAGAUAAUAAGCUUGCUACUAACCAAUCUGCUUUAUUGAUCAUGUUUUUUUUUAAAUGGCCACACAACAUUACUGAUGAUAGCAUUGUUUUUCCACACACACUAAGAAGUUGAACUAUUCUUUUAUAAUGUCUAAAGCACUGAAUUAAUUUUUAGACCAUAGCGUGUUGCUGGAAAAUUAAAAUUUAGUCUAUGAUACAUCUAACAAAUGGUGUGAAAUUUAAAACCUAGUUUUUAAAAAGAAUUUUGAAGUAUGAAUGAGUUGUAUGAGCUUCAAAUUUACAAUCAGGCUAUUCAUAAAUAUUUAUACCUGGAUGAUCCAGUGUUUUAAAAUUUAAGCAAAACUCAAUCUCAGCUUCCUCCUCCCCCCCCCCCCCCCCCCNCCCCCCCCCAUUGAAAUAACUAUGUGAAACGACUAACUCAUUUUUGUCUGACUCUUAACUGUAAGUUGUAACAAAAAUGAAAACUCAUUUAUUCUAAAUUGACAAUAUUAUCACAACAGCAGGUACUGCCUUGCAUUCUGAAGGGCUUACAAAUCAUUUCUGUGUUGAAAAGAAUCAAAGGUUACAUUUUUAUUUUUAAGGGAUUUAAAGCACAUACUGUUUACUUUCAAUAUCCAGCCAAUUUCUCCAGUAAGGAGAACAAAAAAUAGAACAACAAAAAAGCCUCCUUUAAAAAAAGAAAAUAGUUUUAAUUAGAUAAAAAAAUUACUGACAGCAUAGGGUAGCAGGUGAACUUUGAGUCUUGCAACUGAAGCAACUGUAGAUACCCAAUUAAAACAAUAAUUCCCUUUGAUACCAACUGAAGCUCUUAGUUCAUUGAAAAGAUUUAAGAGUGAAAAUUGUCUAACUAUAUGAAAUUUAAAAGUAUAAUAGAACACAAAGAAAAUUAAUGCAUUUUUUAAAAACUGCUUAAUAUAUAAAAAAAAAUUUAAAAACAUUUGUUUAUUGUUAAAAAAAAAAUAGUAAAGCUCUCAGAGACUAAGUACAAGAAAUAUUUUAACUAAUUUUGUUCUCUCUCUGUAUGCUCACAGUGAACUAUCAGUGCUGUCAUUUGUCAUGUUAAACCUUUUGUAAUCAUUUGACUUAAACAAGAUUAAUGAUCAUUAUUAUUACAACUUGAUGUGAAAUAAGGAUACAUAUUGAAAUGGAUUUAAAAUUUGUUUCUGUGUGAUUUUAUUGUAAAAAAUAUAGGUCUAAAUAGUGUUCCAAGUGAUAAUUGGCUUUGAUGUAUUCCUGUGAUUGCUAUGGAAAGUUGUCUUUGGAAAAUGGGACAAUGUUCAGGGAGGAGGGGAAAAGGAUUUUUGUUGUUUGAAAAAAAAAAUUUGAGGGGGCAAAACAGGAUCCAGAUAUAAUGAUAACGAUUUUUGUGUCAGUCAUAACCACUUUAGUUUUUGAUGUGGUUUUUAAAAGCUGUCGUAUUGAUUAUUUGGACAAAUAAAGUGGUGGAAUUGUUCAGCUUUGGUGUAAACAAUGUUAGAUACAGUGUAGUGGCUCUUAUCAUCAUCAGUGACACUACAGUUCAAGUAGGGCUCUGACCUACUUCACCACAUCCGUCCAUUUGGAUCGAUCCAUGGCUUUCCGCCUCCAUGCGUAGACCCCCAGCUGAUGAAAGUCAUUCUCUACAUCAUUGAGCCAUCCGCCCCUGGGUUUCUGCCUGUAGAUCACUUUUGCGGCUCUUCAAUCAGGCAUCCUCUUGAGGUGUCCUUUCCAGCACAGUCUGCCUUUUUUAAUGUUUGAGACUGGGGGGGGGGGGGGGUCUUCCAAAAAUUGAUAUAUCUCUUGGUUUGUAAAAUUGUUUAUCCCUCCAUCAUUGACUAUCACUGGGCCAUAUAUUUUCCUGAGGAUUUUCCUCUUCCAUGCAUUGAACAGUCUCUCUGCUUUUUUGCUAAGGGACCAAGUCUCACUUGAGUGAAAUAUAACUGGUAUUACGACAGUGGUGUAUAUGACCUUCUUUGCUCUCAUUGAAAUGUUUUUCUUCCUAGUAGCUUUUUUGCCUGAGUUAAGAGCAGAUUGCCUGCUGUUAUCCUUUCUUUCACCUCUGACAUUAUUUCAUUGUGUUCAUUUAUAGUCACCCCUAGAUAUUUGAAAGUGGCCACUCUCUCAAAGUUUUAGUUGCUUAUUUUGAUGUUGUCACCAGUAUGUGUUUUUCAUGAUUAUGAUAUACUUUGUAUUCACUUCAUUUUCCUCAAGACCAGCUUUAACUGAGGCAUCUUCAAGGUACCAGAAUGCUUUCAUUAUAUCAUUGCAGUUUCAGCCCAGUAGAGCCAUGUUGUCUGCACAUGCCACAUUGGCUAUAUAAAGUGCUUCUCAACCAAGUUUAUUUCAUUAUGAUUUCAUAAAUAUUUCAAGGGAUUCUGGGUGCUGUUAAAUUUAACCACCUUUUUUCAAAUUAAGUAUACAAACAAACAGACCCACACAUGAACAUAUAUAUUCAAAAAUCGUUUCACUUUCAUAAAAUCAAUGGUAAAAUAAUAUAUAUAUACAUAUAUAUAUGAUUUCUAUAGCUUACUAACUAAUGGCUUCCUAACAUCUGCAAUGAUUUGAGCAAUCCAAUCAGAGCAAAAGGCAAACCAAGCUUACCCCUCCUUCUCCUUCCCAUUAACUGCAUUUCUCAGUAGUCAAAAUUUAAAAACUCUUUUUUUUUUCUCCACCUACUCAUCCUACACCAUUUCACACCAUGAAGUCAGAAAUAGAACCAUUGAACGAUAAACAUUUUUACAAAGACAGAGUCUUUUGUUUAUUUUAUUUCUUUUUUUCCCCUCCAUUUCCCAACAUGUAUAUUUUUUGUGUCUUUGUCGUUAAUGGUGGUUUGAUUUUUUGCUUUUGUUUCAAAAAUUUUUCGGCUUCUCUUCUGUGAACCCAGGGAACUGUCCUUGCAUGCAUCAUGCUAGGUAAGUUAUUUUAAGGCACUUACAUUUUUGUCAAUGUUUUUGUCCAACUUUGUUUGAUUAUUUGUGACAUUUUGACAUGUCGCAUGGCAAAAGGAAACGGUUUCAGAAAUGCUCCAUGUCUCAAGCUCAUUUCAUAGAUAUCCUUGUAAAAUACCACUUUAUCCAGGCUUAGUUCCUAGAUAUCCUUGUAAAAUACCACCUUUUUCAGGCAGAAUUCCUAGAUAUCCUUGCAAAUACCCAUGUUUCAAGCAUAGUUCCUAAAUAUCCGUGUAAAAUACCACUUUUUUUAGUAUAGUUCCUAGAUAUCCUUGUCAAAUACCAAUGGUUUCAAGCUUAGUUCCCAGAGAUCCAUUUAAAAUGUGACAUUUUUCAAUUAGUUGAUAGAUAUCCUAGUGAAAUACCUCAUGUUACAAUUAGUUGAUAGAUAUCCUGGUAAAAUACCUCAUGUUUCAAUUAGUUUCUAGAUAUCCUGGUAAAAUACCCCAUUUUUCAAGCUUAGUUUUAGCCCUAUUUAUCUCCUGCACGUGUUUAGUUGGCUUCAGUAUUUUUUGGUUAUUUAUAUUAACAUUCAAAAUGUUAAUUAGUAAUCUCAUGAAGUAAAAAAUAAUUAAUUUGACAAAAAAAAUAAAAUACCAAAUAAGGCAAAAGGAAAGGCGGGUCUGUGUGUAGGGAGGGGGAUAUUGAUCCUGUAAUAUUACAUAAGUAGAUCUAGGAAGUUGGUCCAAAAUCUCCCUUUUGGUCCAAGCCCACUCCUCAACCCAGAGUCUGGCUUAAACCUGCCAAUUAUCUAUACAUCAACUAUUUUAUUGCCAUUCUGCUUGGUUCACAUGUUAUGCUGGUGAGCAUCAGGCGGCUACCUUCUGUUAUAUAUAUAUAUAUAUAUAUAUAUAUAUGUAAAGAUCUAUCUACAUCAUUACCUUAUCAGUUCCUUCAAGCUACACAUCAAUACACACUACACAGUUUUUAUUAUAGAAAGCCUCAACACAUCUAUCUCCUUGCAUGGAUUGCCAUGAAUUCUUGUGAUGUCAUGUGCUAUUUAGCAUCUUCUGAGUCAGAGGCUGGCAUGUGUCUAUCUUUGCAUCUUGACUGUCACCACUUACUAGGUUUACUAGGUUUAAAAAGCCCUUGGUGAACCCUUGGAUAAGUAGCAUUCUGGGAAAUCGACAAACAAAUUUCGAUAAAUACCUUUUAUGGUAUCAAAGUGCCUAGGUUUAAAAUAAAAAAAUAUUUAAAAGUUCAAUUGAUUCUCUAAAUUUCUUUUUGCAUCUAAAUUUUGAUUUUGUCCUGAAACAGAGAUAAUUUGUUAAAUCUCAUUUUAAUUUGUUGAACCAUUGAAAUUCAAUCAUGAUAACUUUUUAAUAAGCUUUUUUGUGUCAGCAAUGUAAUGUUGAGGUGUUGCAUUGGCUGUUGGAUAGAAUUAAAGCAUGCACUCAUUUGGGUCAAGUCAAUGUUGCCCCGACAUGAGUUUGGCCAAAAUAUGGAGCUCAACACAUGGGGGCUCAACACAUGGCGGCUCAAAAGAUGGGGGCUCAACAUAUGGCGGCUCAACAUGUAGGGGCUUAUCAUAUGGGGGCUAAUCAUAUGGGGGCUCAACAUGGGGGCUCAACAUAUGGGGGCUAAAUUUAUGUGGUCUGAACAUAUGGGGCUAAUCAUAUGGGGGCUCAACAUGGGGGCUCAACAUAUGGGGGCUAAAUUUAUGGGGGCUGAACAUAUGGGGGCUAAACACAUGGAGGCUAAACUUAUGGGGGCUCAACACAUGGGGGCUCAACACAUGGGUUCUCAACUUAUGGGGGCUCAACACAUGGGGGCUCAACACAUGGGGGCUCAAUGCAUGAGUUAAAUAAUAUAAAGAUAUUUUCCCUGGCCUUAUUUGAAUAUUAAAUCUUCUGCUUUUUUUCCCCUUACAUUGCUAGAACUGUCUGAUUAAUUACAGUGUGGCCUCCAAAUAGUAUGUGAUGCUAACAUCCCUUGAAAGCAUACAUUUUGAAAAAAAGUCACAUGACAAAGCUAUCCAAUGGACUACAAGAUUAUAAUUUGACAAGUUUUUCUCACUCACAGAAGUGAUUAAUAUGGGUGGAAGGGUCUUCCUUCACAAAGUAUAGCACUAAACAAAUCUAGUACAGUUUACCCAAACAAUUUUACUCCCCCUGUCUUGUCUAACAUUGCCACCCACCCCCUUUAUGAACUAUAAAUACAUUUCUCUAAGAGACUAAAUUACAUCCCUGAGUAGUCUUCAUAUUGCCACCCUCUCUCCCUUGUGGGGGGGCCUACUCCCCCCCAUGGUGGGAAAUAUGCUCCAUAAAUCACUGAACCGUUAAAAAAACACCCAAGCUGAUUAAAACAAAAAUCUUUUUUUAAUUUUUUGGUGGGACUAACAAAAACAGAACAACAAAGGGGGGUAAUGGAUAAAGCUGUUUAAAAACAGCAUGUUUAAAUAUGAGGUUAGUUGUAACAAUAGAAAUAUGACUUGAUUGUAACAAUUAGCAAUGGUGAAUCUAGAAAGGUAGGGGUCUACAUUUGUACCAGCUCCAGAGGGAGAAUAAGAGUUGCGUGCAUUGAGGUACACCUCGGGGAUCUGGUCAUACAAGGACAGCAAAUGUCGCCAUGUAACGUGAGUGGACAGGAGGGAAAUAAUCAUAGGGUGGGGAGGAGAAAUAUUUCACUCUUUGUCACAGUGCUUGUACCAAGAGCACAUCAUCUCAUUGAUCCUAGCGAGAUCCCGGUACAGGCUUUCAACUACGUCACAGUGCUUGUACCAAGAGCACAUCAUCUCAUUGAUCCUAGCGAGAUCCCGGUACAGGCUUUCAACUACGUCAGAGUGCUUGUACCAAGAGCACAUCAUCUCAUUGAUCCUAGUGAGAUCCCGGUACAGGCUUUCAACUACAUCACAGUGCUUGCACCAAGAGCACAUCAUCUCAUUGAUCCUAGCGAGAUCCCGAUACAGGCUUUCAACUACCGGGGCAAAAUUGGGUUUGGUCUGGUCUUCUAAUGCUUUGAACAAAUAGCAGCCUAAAGAAAUUGGGUGUUUCAUUUUUGUGAUGAUGUCUGUUCUUUUGCUUUUGCUUUUUUCUGUAAUCAAAUAAAUUUGAACACCAGAUGCAAAUUUUUCAUGCAAGCCUCAAAUUUCCCACUCCUACAUUUGCUAGAUUAACUGUUUUUUUUACCUCUGUAGUCUGAGAUGGCCAGAUGGGUGCAGAUUCAAUGCACGAGGGACAUGUUGAACAAAUAACUUAUACCCAAUAAUUUUGUUGGUAAAUGUACACAAAGAAAUAUUUUAAAUGAAGGCCCCUGACAACGUAUAUUUGUUGUUGGUGGUUUGUGACAGGCUAUCUGAACCCUACCGACACAUUUCAUAGAGCUCCUCAAGGCUACAUUUUAAGGCAAACUUCUAAGUAUUUUAAAGAUCUUGCCCAUCGGCAGGUACUGAUAAAGGUACCUAAGUGCAAAAACUACUCGUAGUGCCCUAAGAGUAUAACCUAAGAGAAGACACCUGCAAAUGUAACCUAAAUAAUAUAAUUACCUGAGUAUAUAAACUACCUGCAGGUUUGUGAAUAUAUAACCUACCUGAAAGCAACUGAGUUUAUACAUUACCUGACUUGAGUUUACCACAUACCCACCCACGUCUUUUAUGCAUCCAUUACCUUUCACUCAUUCAGAGUCGCUCCUCAUGUCAGCGUUUCCCAAACUUGACAAUUUGGCAGACCUGGGGUCAAGUUUCAUAAUUGCAACAGGGACCGAUGCCAGAUACAUUAGUUAUAUUUUCUUUUUAUUUGACCUUAAAUAUUCGUGGAACAGCGCUGGCCCGCUGACCACCAUUUGGGGAACGCUGCCCUUUUAUCUUCAACACAUGUAGAUACUUCUUCUGCAUAUGGUACAUCACAUUUUCCUUUCAUUUCAAACACUUGUGAACAUUUGUAUAACCAAUGUGUACACCCCUUACGCCCAUAGAAGGAACAUGAUACCUUAUCGAUUGGAUCACUAAUAGAUACCAUGGUACACCUAUUAUGCCCAUAGAAGGAACAUGAUACCUUAUCGAUUGGAUCACUAAUAGAUACCAUGGUACACCCAUUACGCCCAUAGAAGGAACGUGAUACCUUAUCGAUUGGAUCAUUAAUGUAUAGCAUGAACCAUUCAAAUAAAUUAUGCAUGGCAUAUGAGUCAUGCCACAUGACAUGAUUGGUUUGCUUGAGGGCAGAGGUUCCCAAACUGUGCACCGGGGAGCAGCGGCAUACUCCCAGGGUCGCUGCAAAGUGCUGAACAAAAAUUCAUAUUGCAACAUUGCGCGUCAUUUUGGUUAGGUGCAGAACAUUAACUCACUUAGCCAUAACUGUUUGUGGAAACCUUAACCAAUGAUUACUAGAUGGUGCUCUGUAAUAAUUACGUUAUUGAUUGUUUUAGAAGUUUCUUGAACUUACUUGGUACUUUCUGUUUGUAUAUACACAGCUGUCAGGUUUUUUGGAUCUUACUUUUAGGGGAUUGCAUCAGCUGAAAAAUUGUGUUGAGGUCAAGCUAACUUAUGGAAGUAUUUUUUCCCUGUUUGUGGUUUUUAAAAUGGUUAGACUGUAGCUAAAUAGUGAGAGUGAAACUAAUACAUUUUUAAAAGAUAUUUCCAGUGCACAUUAGAGUAGACCUAGAUGCAGUAAGUUUGAGAACCUCUGCUCUAAGGUAACAACAUCCUCAUUGAUUUAAAUGAAAGGUGUGAUUGAUGACAUGAUGUAGACUGGCAGGCCUGUUAAUGUUUUCCUGGCCUUUUCAUAUCAUCAACACCUGCUCACAGGAGCCUUAACCAACUUUGGCUCACAGGAGCCUUAACCAACAUUGGCUCACAGGAGCCUUAACCAACUUUGGCUCACAGGAGCCUUCACCAACAUUGGCUCACAGGGGCCUUAACCAACAUUGGAUCACAGGAGCCUUAACCAACAUUGGCUCACAGGUGCCUUAACCAACAUUGGCUCACAGGGGCCUUAACCAACAUUGGCUCACAGGAGCCUUAACCAACAUUGGCUUACAGGGGCCUUUACCAACAUUGGCUCUCAGGAGCCUUAACCAACUUUGGCUCACAGGAGCCUUCACCAACAUUGGCUUACAGGUUCCUAUACCAACAUUGGCUCUCAGGAGCCUUAACCAACUUUGGCUCACAGGAGCCUUCACCAACAUUGGCUCACAGGGGCCUUAACCAACAUUGGCUCACAGGAGCCUUAACCAACAUUGGUUCACAGGAGCCUUAACCAACAUUGGCUCACAGGGGCCUGAACUGAAGAAUUUAGAGAGCUCUGGACAUGAUGGCUUUGCUUGGUUAGGGGAUCUGAUAUUAAUUAGAGUUAGAUGAUCAACCAAUAAGAAGGUGUUCAUGAGCGUGCCAAGAUAAAUGUCUCAAACUCUAGCUAAGAGGAUGCUCACAUUUAUUUCGGAGAUUUGGGUCCCCACUGUUUCAGUGUGAGCAGGCCCCAUUUAAUGGAUACACUGCUUGGGUCCCCACUGUUUCAGUGUGAGCAGGCCCCAUUUAAUGGAUACACUGCUUGGGUCCCCACUGUUUCAGUGUGAGCAGGCCCCAUUUAAUGGAUACACUGCUUGGGUCCCCACUGUUUCAGUGUGAGCAGGCCCCAUUUAAUGGAUACACUGCUUGGGUCCCCACUGUUUCAGUGUGAGCAGGCCCCAUUUAAUGGAUACACUGCUUGGGUCCCCACUGUUUCAGUGUGAGCAGGCCCCAUUUAAUGGAUACACUGCUUGGGUCCCCACUGUUUCAGUGUGAGCAGGCCCCAUUUAAUGGAUAGACUGCUAAGGGUACCCAGAAGGAGCUAUCAUCACUAUUGAUAGAUUCUUAAAAAAAGCGAAAUCAAAUUAAUCUGUAUUUUCUUUUUGGUUACAUUUAUUAGCAAACUUGCUUUGUGGGGUGGGGGGGGGGGAGACCAGCAGACUGUAGACCAUCCCCACCCCCAUUGAAGAAGCUACAGGGGCCGCCAGUAUGAACCAUCCAUUAUUGCAACAAACAAAGGUGUUCUCCCAAUGUUUGUUUUGCUGUCAUCACUCAGACCUUUCAAGUGUUCUGACCCUAAUGCACUGCUUGAAUUAAAAUGCAAAGAUAAUGGAGUCUAAAAUGUUUCAUUAGAAACCUCUUCUUUUUUAAAAAAUUUUGUUUCUUUUUUUUUAAUGUAGUUGUGACUUUGUUUCAACAGGGUAAACCAGAGGUUCUUAACAUUUUUGCAGCGCCACACCCCUUUCUUGAUUUCAAAACAUUUCCCCAUCCCCAACAAAAAAAAUGCAAAUAAACUUGAUUUUUUUCUCUCCCCCCCCCCUCCUUAAGCUACCUCCUGCACCUCCAGGGCUGGUGGGCCCCACAGCUGCCUCCUGCAUCUCCAGGGCCCGGGGGGGGGGGUCCACUGGUUAAAAACCCUGGGCGUAAACUUUGUUGUAUAUUUAACUGUGUCAGUUUUUUUAAGCUCCCUCCUGCCCCGCCCGGGCUGGUGGGCCCCCCAGCUGCCUCCUGCAUCUCCAGGGCCCGGGGGGGGGGGGUCCACUGGUUAAAAACCCUGGGCGUAAACUUUGUUGUAUAUUUAACUGUGUCAGUUUUUUAUUAUUUGUGUUUGCUGUUCAAUGCUUCAGUGACUUGCUGAAUGUUAUAAGUACUCUUAUAAUUGUUUUAUGUUAUGAAAUCCCUUUUAAAAUAAUAUUGUUGAUUUACCACAUACAUAAAUACUUUAUUAUUACAACAGGUUUUGGGGUCCUUUUGAGUAAUGAAGAUAUCCUUUUAAAAAAUGGCUGAUUUUGAUUAAUUUAUGUUUUUUGCUUUGAGAACAGGGGGCACAUUGUAUGGCCUGGCCAGGUCGGGGGCCAUGGGGGACAUAGCGGAGAUGAGUUUUAUAGAGAUCAUGGUUUUCUCUUCCCUCAUUGUUGCUGUGGAUCCUGUAGCGGUAAGUGGCAGUUGUCUCCCUUCAACCUCAAGGGCCACUUGUUGUAUACUUGAGUUAGAACGAGAUCGUAGACAGAGAUGUGGCUUUACCUCUGCUUCCAGGGGAAUUACCACGCUUCCUCGGGACACGCCUGACAUGUAUUUAAGAAAAUCAGUUAUACAUUGGUUCAAAAAUUACAAUGUAAACAUAGGGUAUCCUAUAUCUUAAUAAGUUCUAAAUUCUGGUCACACCUCUGUAAUAUAUCAGGAUAUUGACCAAAGAAUAGGCUCUCAAACUUCAUUUUAUCCAUUUAUUUGACCGAUUCCACUUACAGCCUAUGAUAAGUUAUCCCCCUUAUUCAAUUUUAAUUGUAAUUCUUGUCUACUUAAAAUGUAAUUCUACUGCAUUUAUCUUUUUUAUAUCAGCCCCUGUGAAUGAAUCGCCCUUUCAUAAUUCCAGGUGCUUGCCGUUUUUAAUGAAAUAGGUGUCAAUCAUGUUUUAUACUUCUUGGUGUUUGGGGAGUCCCUGCUCAACGGUAGGUGGCAAUAUACAGCUGUUUGAGAUUCACUGAGCCAAACAUUUCAUUGUCUUAGAACUGAAUCAGUUGCCCUGAUUUAAAAAAAAAUUAAUUUGAUCAAAAUGGAAAUUCUUUAGUUGAAAUCACGGUGGGUUUAUUGAACUGAAUCAAAAUAUUUCAGUCUUACAUUUGCAAAUCUAAUAAAAAUGUAUGUUUAAAGUAGGUUUGGAAGUUGAUUUUUUUAUACCAUAACAUUACAGUGUUGAAAGAAUGUGUUUGGUCUCUAACAUCUUUAUUAAAUAGGUUUAAGAUGACUACUUUUAAUCGGACUGGACCUCACUGUAUUUCCCCAGAUGGUGUCACUGUGGUCCUCUAUAAAGUCUUUCAAGCCUACAAUGUGAUGGAUGAAAUCACAGGGCUACAUGUAGGUCUUCAACACAUUUUAUGCCAUAAAACAUAGCUUUUGUUUGACAUGAGUGUCUGUACAUUUAGGCAGUGCGGGGAGGGGGGGGACGGGACUUUCUGUUGCAGUGGUUCCCAACCAAGGUGACAAUUAACACUGGGGGGCCACUGAAAAGUUUAUUUGGGAUUAUGUGGAACAAAUUCUUAAAAAAAAAAAAAUUAGAGUUGUUAAAAAUGAUAUAGGUACAUUUUUAUCUUUAUUAUGUGUUAAACAUGAAAACAUAGGUUGUGUGAGAAACUAAAAACGGGUCAGAAAGUCUCUUUAUGGCCACAUGUGGCAGUGGAUAUUUGGGCUGUGUUGAAUAAUGAACAGCUUUAGGGAUUGUGCAGUUUGUGAAAAGGGGGAGAACCACUGCUCUCCUCUAAUCGCACUAGAUUCUUCCUGUUGUAAUAAAUUAGCUUUAAAUUACAUAAUUGAAAUUUAAAUAAGCUUAAUUACAGGCUGGGCCACAGAAAAGUGCUUUCCAUUGAAAGUGAUCCCAGCAUCAUGAGGGGUUAGGUGAUAAUAAUUCAUCUUGUCAUAUUAUCACCAGAAGCGUUCUACAUUUUCAUGGCCCAGGCUUUAAGUUUAAAUGUAUAAAAAAAUAAAUUUCUAGAAUGAAGGAUGAAAUGGUAAUUUUAGUUUUAGACUUGCUGCUUUAUUGCAUGACACGACUUCAGUUAAAUUUAAGGUUCUGGUGCCUUUGAAUGAACUGAAAUCAUUUUAACCCAUUACCUUUCCACCACCACCACCACCACCGCUCUAGCUGUUUCUUGGCUUUGUCAAGUUCUUUGUGGUCUGCUUUGGUGGUCUGUUUAUCGGGGUCCUGUCAGGGAUUGCCACAGCUCUGCUUACCAAGCACGCACAACAUGUCAAAGGUGAGUUUAAACACGGGGAAACGUAAGUCUGUCAACGGUUGUUAGGAGAUAGACAGCUUGAUGAAAGAUAUAAAGAAAAACCAACGUUGAACAUGUCAGACAAAAGCCGCACAGUGGAAACAAAAAAUAGAAUGACACAGGAAAAGGAUAAAUCCAAAGAUGAACAAUUAAAAUGAAUUGGAUCUGAGGAAGGGAAGUUUUAAAAAUACGGGCCAGGAAAAUAGGAGGUACACAUUGGUUGGAUGUGAACGGUCGGUCGAUGCCUUAAGAUGUUAAAGUUCCACAAACCGCAUCAGUCUACCAGCUGAUCAACUUUUAAAGACAAAGAUUUUAACCCAGAGCCAAAACUUCAAGUACUCAGUAUAUAAGAUUUUGGCUACAGAAGGAAUUUUUUAUUAUUAUUAUCCUGCAAGUGGAAAGCUGUUUAGAAAUUCCUUGUUGCAUUUCCAACAUCAUGUUGGUGGAAUUUGUUUUUUGGGUGUUUGUCCAAUUUUUGAUCCAUGGCUGAAGAUUAGACUUGAGAUUUGUAAAUGUUACGAUUUAAAUGUCAUUAUAAGUUACUUUUUGAACCAUACUAAGCUUAUGAAAAGCUAUAUCAUUUCACUGAUCCUAUCUGUCACAUAAAGUAUAUAUGAGCAGUGAAAAGAUUAUUCAGCAUCAAGGUGUUCGUUGUCAGGAAAAAUUUUCAGAACCCUUGACCUUAAAUGUCAUUACUGAUGACUCCUCAUUGAUUGUUUUCAUUUGUAAACAAAACGUCUUUUAGCAUAUUUAAAAUUGAACCAAAAUAAACUUGUUAAUUUCAGUUGCCCAGCCUCUUAUUAUAUUUACCAUGGCCUACUUUGGCUUUCUGAUGGCUGAAUUGUUUGAAUUCUCAGGGAUUAUAAGGUGAGGAAGAUCAACAUUAAGCUUAAUUUCAACCCACAGAAGUAAGGGUUUACUUGCGCCAUCUACAGUUGUAUCUACCAAGGCUUAAUCUGAUUGUUUUUAAUUUCAUUGGGGUUGCAGCUAGUGGGUGGGGAAGGUGAAGCAAAUCUUGAUAGAAGUUUGUCACACACCUUAUCGGGUUAUUUUCAGUAGUGUGGUAGCAAAAUAAAAAGUACUGUAAGACUAAUUGGCGUAAAAUGCUAGUAGUUACAUUAGAUUAGUUUGGUGGAAUAGUUGUUUUAGCAUGUUUGUAAUUAUUUGCCUUAAGUGUCUCCGAAUGAAACAAUCUUCUUGUCAUGAGAAGAAAUACAAUAAAUAGAGACACCGUGGGGAAAAAUAAUUGAAUGUUAAAUAAAAUAACAUUUAAAAAAAAAAAAAAUUAAAUAUUGACCAUGAGGCUGGAUAGAAAAAAAAAGUACAAAGCAGCACCAUCUGUGCCCCCACACAACUGCACAAAGUACAAUGCAGCACCAUCUGUGCCCCCACACAACUGCACAAAGUACAAUGCAGCACCAUCUGUGCCCCCACACAACUGCACAAAGUACAAUGCAGCACCAUCUGUGCCCCCACACAACUGCACAAAGUACAAUGCAGCACCAUCUGUGCCCCCACACAACUGCACAAAGUACAAUGCAGCACCAUCUGUGCCCCCACACAACUGCACAAAGUACAAUGCAGCACCAUCUGUGCCCCCACACAACUGCACAAAGUACAAUGCAGCACCAUCUGUGCCCCCACACAACUGCACAAAGUACAAUGCAGCACCAUCUGUGCCCCCACACAACUGCACAAAGUACAAUGCAGCACCAUCUGUGCCCCCACACAACUGCACAAAGUACAAUGCAGCACCAUCUGUGCCCCCACACAACUGCACAAAGUACAAUGCAGCACCAUCUGUGCUCCCACACAACUGCACAAAGUACAAAGCAGCACCAUCUGUGCCCCCACACAACUGCACACCACUGGUUAUUUUACAGCCAGAGGGUCCAAUGCAGCUCUUGAAGGUACAAAUGCAGCUCUUUUUUAAAAGUAUUCAAUGAUGACAUGCAGGUCCCAAAAUAUGUUCUUAGCAGAUAGAAAAAUCAUAUUAUUUAUAAAUAGGAGCUCUUCACAAAACAGGACUGCCCAAUCCUGCCUGUUCUAAGGGAUCACAUCUGUAGUUUGGUUUAAGUCACAUCAAUGUAACAAAGGGGACUGUGUAUACCAGAAGCUUGAGUUGAGGAUGUGUAAACUAUUUACUUCAAUAGAAACCAAUCAAAAGAUAAACCAAAAUAAAUGAGUGUUCCUAAUGUUAUCAACCACCGCUAGCAAUAAAAUAAGACUUUAACAGCACGAGCCGUAAAUUGGUUCCGCAAAAAAAUGAAGCGGAUGCAGAGAAGAAUCGUAGAAAAACACCGAGCUAAAACGUGAUGCAUUCUCUGUCUCCCCAGUAUCAUUGGGUGUGGCCUCACACAGAUGCAGUAUGCCUUCAACAACAUCAGCGAAAAGUCUCGGACAACCAUUAAAUAUUUCACUAAGGUCAUCAGGUACAUUCAUUGUUGACAGCAAAAGACUUAGAUCUACCUUGAUAGUGUUGUUGUUAAAAUGUAACAAUUCUUAAUUUGCUGAAAGUUGCAGUUACUGAAAUGUUAAAUUUUAAAGUUGCUGUAUGCUGAUUGUUAGUUUUGUGUAAUGUUAUAGUUGCUAUAAUAUGCUGAUUGUUAGUUUUGUGUAAUGUUAUAGUUGCUAUAAUAUGCUGAUUGUUAGUUUUGUGUAAUGUUAUUGUUGCUAUAAUAUGCUGAUUGUUAGUUUUGUGUAAUGUUAUAGUUGCUAUAAUAUGCUAAUUGUUAGUUUUGUGUAAUGUUAUAGUUGCUAUAAUAUGCUGAUUGUUAGUUUUGUGUGUAAUGUUAUAGUUGCUAUAAUAUGCUGAUUGUUAGUUUUGUGUAAUGUUAUAGUUGCUAUAAUAUGCUGAUUGUUAGUUUUGUGUAAUGUUAUAGUUGCUAUAAUAUGCUGAUUGUUAGUUUUGUGUAAUGUUAUUGUUGCUAUAAUAUGCUGAUUGUUAGUUUUGUGUAAUGUUAUAGUUGCUAUAAUAUGCUAAUUGUUAGUUUUGUGUAAUGUUAUAGUUGCUAUAAUAUGCUGAUUGUUAGUUUUGUGUGUAAUGUUAUAGUUGCUAUAAUAUGCUGAUUGUUAGUUUUGUGUAAUGUUAUAGUUGCUAUAAUAUGCUGAUUGUUAGUUUUGUGUAAUGUUAUAGUUGCUAUAAUAUGCUGAUUGUUAGUUUUGUGUAAUGUUAUAGUUGCUAUAAUAUGCUGAUUGUUAGUUUUGUGUAAUGUUAUAGUUGCUAUAAUAUGCUGAUUGUUAGUUUUGUGUAAUGUUAUAGUUGUUAUAAUAUGCUGAUUGUUAGUUUUGUGUAAUGUUAUAGUUGCUAUAAUAUGCUGAUUGUUAGUUUUGUGUGUAAUGUUAUAGUUGCUAUAAUAUGCUGAUUGUUAGUUUUGUGUAAUGUUAUAGUUGCUAUAAUAUGCUGAUUGUUAGUUUUGUGUAAUGUUAUAGUUGCUAUAAUAUGCUGAUUGUUAGUUUUGUGUGUAAUGUUAUAGUUGCUAUAAUAUGCUGAUUGUUAGUUUUGUGUAAUGUUAUAAUUGCUAUAAUAUGCUGAAUGUUAAAUUUGCAAAAUAUUAUAGUUGCUGGAUAAUGAAUGUUAAACUUGUUAAAUGUUAAAGUUGCUGAUUGCUAUCUUUUUAUCUUCUGUUUUGUUGAGAUAAGAAAUUUUUAAAAUGUCACAAUAUUAUUAUUCUGUACAAAUUGAUAUGAAAUAACUGUUCUAACAAUUAUAUUGUAACUGUCUGCCAAUAUAUCUAAAUAUUUUGUCAUUCACCUUCUACAAAUACACUGUCACCGUCUUCAGUAAUUUUAUUAAAUGAUUGCAUUGUGAUUGAUGUGGUUUGAGAGUAUACCUUUCCCUUCAAUAACUGUUGUUAAAAAUAAUAUUGUGAUUUAUAAUCCAUUGCUUGAUCCAUACUAUUGCAUCAACAUUGCACCCGAUGUUUAAAUACAGUAUUUGUUGUUUCCAGCUCAGCUAAUGAGAUCAUCAUUUUCUUGUUCCUGGGUCUUGUUAUGGUCAACGACGAUCAUGACUGGCACACAGGCUUUACACUCUGGACCAUCUUCUUCUGCCUUGUGUACAGAUUUAUCAGUAAGUGGACUUCAAAAAAACCUUUUAUUUAACAGUGUAGAAAUGAUGUUUAAUGGUAAAGUUAUUUGUUUCAAGAGUGGGAUGUAAAACAGUUUUGUUACCAAUAGUUCCGUUGUGCUUAUACUCUCUAAGUCACUGUCUAGAGAAUACUCUCUAAGGCACUGUCUAGAGAAUACUCUCUAAGUCACUGUCUAGAGAAUACUCUCUAAGUCACUGUCUAGAGAAUACCCUCUAAGUCACUGUCCAGAGAAUACUCUCUAAGUCACUGUCCAGAGAAUACUCUUUAAGUCACUGUCCAGAGAAUACUCUCUAAGUCACUGUCCAGAGAAUACUCUCUAAGUCACUGUCCAGAGAAUACCCUCUAAGUCACUGUCCAGAGAAUACCCUCUAAGUCACUGUCCAGAGAAUACUGUCUAAGUCACUGUCCAGAGAGUGCUUGCCAACCUCAACUUUGUCAUGGCUGUUAACCUAGUAGGCUGUGUGCUGCAGCUUUCAGCUUAAACAACAAUGCUCUGUCUUUUCUCUCUUGUCUGAGCUGCUAACACUGGUAUUGUCUGGUCAACUGUACCAGGGGGAUCUAACUAUUGUUUCCCCCAUGGUGGUCGCUAGUCAGUAGUGGGAUCUCGCUGGUAAACUCUUCUAACAUGAAUCUACCUGGAAGUAAAUACCUUUCUUGGAAUAUUGCAAUACAAUAUUUUAAUGUGAUUAUUGUUUAUCAUUUUGAGGAUAAAUUGAGGAUCAUAGAGUUUACUUGGACGUCCUUAAUAGGGUUCUUUAAUAUGUUUCCUCAUAAAUGUAUAGAUUCAAUUUCAAAAUAUUCAGUGCAAUGUAAAUAGUAAAAAAAACCAGGUUAUGGUUGUAAUGUAUAUUAAUCCAAUCUAGUCCGAAAUUCUGCAUCAGUAGAUAAACAGAGAUUAUUCAGAAUUUCAAUGCAAAAUUAAAAAUUAUAUGACCAACAUUCAAAAUUAUAUGACCAACAUUCAAAAUUAUAUGACCAACAUUCAAAAUUAUAUGACCAACAUUCAAAAUUAUAUGACCAACAUUCAAAAUUAUAUGACCAACAUUCAAAAUUAUAUGACCAACAUUCAAAAUUAUAUGACCAACAUUCAAAAUAUCAAAGACAUAUUUUAUAUUCUGGAGUUGUUUUUCUUUAUUGGGGGGUGGGGUAGGUGGAGCUUUGAUGGAUUUGUUUCAGAGAAUACAUCUCAGGCAUUUAUUAUGUUUUUGAAACUUUAAGGAAAAAAAAAUCAGUCUUGACUUUCUUUUUUUAUGGAUGAGAAUUGAUGUUGAUGAGAAUUGGGACAUUUUUUAAAAACAUACAGAUAUAUAUAUAUAUUACAAGUCAGAGGUAGUUAAUAUUGUUUAUUUGCAACCAAAAAGAGAAGAAAAAAAAAGAUUUUCCUUUUAAUAAUUUCAUCUAGCUCAUGUCAUUAACUAUUUUUUAUAUAUUCCAGUAAUAUUUGGCAUGUCUUACGUCAUCAACUGGCUGGAUAUUUACAGAGUUCGUAAGAUUGGUCUACAUGAACAGUUUAUGAUUGUAAGUUGGUGGGCUCUUCUCUCAAACACUCUAUUUUUCUAGCACCCUUCCUGUGUCCAACAGCCAUUUACUUGUUUUUUUUUGGUAAAUCCAACCUAAUAUCUUACAAUGCAUUCUACAGUUCAGAAAUGUUCUAAAAAUUCAUCUCAUAAAUAAGGGGGGUAAUGUAGGUUGGAGAUUUUCAUUUCAAUUUUGCAUAUCCACUUGAUUUUCACACCAUUUUUCUGUCACUGCCAACUUACUGAACAAUUUUUUAAUUGGGUAAUCUGAAAAAUGUGUAGGGGUAAUCUCAAAAAUUUAUAGAUUGGGUUGUCUGAACAAUUUGUAGAUUGGGUAAUCUGAACAAUUUAUAGAUUUGCUGAUGUGAACAAUAUAUAUAUAUUGGGUACUCUUAACAAUUUAUAAAUUCGCCUUUGAUAGUUUUUUUCCAAUUACCAAAUGAAAAGAUUAAAUGUUAAUAAUUUUAUUUAUGUCCCACAACUGAGGCAUACUCCGAUGGGGCUGAUGAUGGGGCUUAAGUUUAACAUGUUUACUGGAGUAGAGGGACAUCACUCAAACAUCUGCGAUCCUGCAUAUAAUAAGUGAAUAAUAAGCAGUGGAACCGAGAAAUAGGAUGUUAGAUUUAUUUUAUGGCAGUGGUUGGCAGACCGAAUGGAAAAGAUGCAGCUCUUUUUUUUAAAAAACUAUCUGUAACGACAUUAGUGCCAUCAAAAAUAUUUUCUUUGCUGAUUUAAUGUAUAAAAAUGGCUCCUUGAACCAAAAUGGUUUCAGAUCCCUAUUUUAAAUUAUACUGGUAGGUACAGAUGUGAGCCAGCACUUGCUGUGUAGACUGUGUAUGACUUUUCUGUGUCUUCUCCAGGCUUAUGGAGGUUUGAGAGGAGCUGUGUGUUUCUCCCUGGUGGCUCUGCUUGAUCCUGAUGACCUCCCAGCUAAGGACAUGUUUGUCACAACCACACUGUCUGUCAUCAUUUUCACUGUGUUCAUUCAGGUAUGAUGUUCAGGUAGCUCCCUGGUCUCCAGUAAGUUUGGUUUUAAAACAAGGCUAAGUUCCAUAACUAUUUUUGUAGGUGAAAAUAAUUUUAUUCCAGAUAGCCCCAUGAACAUAACAACAAAAAACCUUGCUAAAAUUGACAACAUUACAGUCUCAGUGGGUGGCCUAUUUAAAUUGAACAUGCACUAAAAAAAACAACUGGAUUAUUUGAUUGCAUUUUCAAGCAUGGAGUUUGGGUUAGCUGUUAUCAAGUGCAAAGUGAUAGUCUGUUCUUAAAAGUAUGAAUCAAGCAAUAAUUUAAAAUAAACCUCUUUGAGGGGGUUGGUGUUUCAUUUGGCUCACAAAACAAUUUGUUUCAAUAUAUAUAUAUAUUUAUAUAUAAACUAUAUAUGGCUUCAUUCCGUCUUAUAUAUAACAGUGCAAUUUAUUUCUUAAAUAGUCUACCUCUUCAGCAAGCGCAAGAUGUAAUGGGUUAAAAUCAAGGAACGGACUUUUAUUUUUCUAAUCGCAUUAUUACAAGGGGAUUAUGUUUUGUUAUUAAAAAUUUAUCUCAAGUUUUGUUCCUAUUGAUUUUUUUUUUGUUUAAAUCGGGCAGCAACUGUCUUUGCGCCCCCCAUUAAAUGUUACGGAUGUAAUUUUUCUGUCUUAAAGAGGCAAAGAUUUUUUUUUUUAACACAGUGGUGUGUCAUUGCAUUUCAGGGUAUAACCAUCAAGCCACUGGUGUACUUGCUACAGAUCAGCUUAGCACCAGCCAAGGACAGGACCAUGUACAAGGAGCUUCAUUCACAUGUGGGUCUUUGUGCUGGAGGCAUUAGCGAUUGUGUUUCAAUGAGCUUUCGCCUCUGUACUAUUUGCAGACCUGUUUACUCUUACGAUUUUGGCGUAUUUGAGAUGUAUACAUUAUAUAUACUUUAUGUUUAAGUUGAACUAUUAAGAUAAUGUAUUGAACGAUUUUGUGAUGAUAUUGUACUAUUUUAAGAGUUUGAGGGUAAACAGGUCUGUAUUUGAUGUGUCGUUGUUGGUACUUGAACUUGAAUACUUGUACAUUUAAAUGUGACAUUGUUUGAAAUAUUCUUCAAGUAUCGGUGUAUUUGAUAGAUGUGUGAUGUAAAUUAUUUCUUUCAGGGAAAGCCAUCAAAUAUUUCAAGUAGCACCAAACAAAUGCUAGAGUUUAGACUUUGAGGAAUUUGCUAGAGGAAAAAAAGACUUGGUUUUGGUCUAGUAAGACUUAUUGAAGGGGCAGCCCUGUCUAGCAAUUGUCUAUAUUGUGUGUGUGAUUAUUCCCCUCUCCCCACUUUCCCCCACACCAUCCACAUUCAUAAAUCAUCUUCUUUCCCUUCCAGAUUACAGAUCACAUGAUGGCUGGUAUAGAAGGAAUCAUUGGGGAUCAUGGGCGAAACCAUUUGAGGGUGAGAACCUUGGGAAAAUUUUUAUUUUAUACUGGCAAAGAAUAAUUUUUAAAAAAAUAAUAAAAAAUAAAGACAAUAUACACAUUUCUCAUCUUUGGAUCAUUAGAUGCUUCACAGCUGUCCAAAUAUAUCUGAAAAUUAUAAUUGAAGUAUUUUGAAUAUGACAUAAAAUUAUUUUAAAAAGAUACGUAAUUUUAUUAUAUUUAAGUUUGGACAUUUUGUUUAUGCUGUCUUAAUCAUUCUGCCAUUUAUUGGCUUUUUUUUUAAAAGGAAAAAAUAGAAUAUAUUGACACCAAGUACCUGAAACCUCUGCUUCAAAUAGCACCAGACCCAAGGGAUUCUAAUUUGAAAAUCUUCUAUGAGAACCUGCUGUUGAAGUGAGUUAUGUUCUUAACAUAGUGAAGUGAGUUAUGUGCUGAACAUAACCAUUUAUAAUAGAUGAUAAUUGGGAAUGCUGCAUUAAUUUUUAGGAUACCAUUUCUUAUCCGCUGAAAAAAGGGGUGGGGUGGGGGGUGGGGUUUCUACCUUUUUUUUUUCAGCGUUGCACACCCCCACUUGAAUUCCUGCACCUGACCAAUAAAUAAAUUAUAAAACAAUUCAGUUCCGUAAGUUUUCCUUCUUCAAUUAACUUCCUAGAAAGAAACAAAAAAAUGCACCAGGAUAAAUUAUGCCAAUACAAAAAUUCACCAUGAAAUCAUCUGUUGCUUCUGCUGAUAAAAAUGCAAAUAAACCUGAUUUUCAUGGUCUGCCCUGGCACUGCCUCUCACAACCGUGACGGCAUCCCAGGCUAAGAACCCCUGGGCUGUAAUAUUACUUGCAGGUGUGGAGAAAAUUCAGCAAACUUAAAAAUUAAUUUGUUUGUUCUCGAUUGUUAUUUCAUGCUGUUUCCAUUUGAAUCCACCAGAGAACAUUACAAGUACCUGAAGCUGAGUGGCGCCAAGACACCCGAGGACAUACCUGAACUGUAAGUAUUUGGUUUGUUUCUUUUUAACUAGUGUCUUCUUUUCAUACCUGUAGGAAACUUACUUGGCACUGAAGCUAUGAUAAAAAUUGAUAAGGGAGCAUGCAUGAAAGACAUUUACCCAAUUUUAGUUGGAAAAGAAGAGGAAAAUAAUGGUUCUUUUAAUUUGAGAUUCACUUAAUUUAACCAAAAUGAUUUUUUUUUUUGCAGUUUAUCAGGCAUAUAUUUUUUAUGUUCACUGUAUAUUAUCAAUGAAUUGUUAGGUAUUUCAAUAUAAUUUGACAAUGGCCUAAUUUUAUUGACGACUCUUUGAUGGUUCCUUUCUUCUCAAUAAGUUUCAGACCUAAUUGUCAUGGUUCCAGAAACUCAUGGCUUUUAAAAAAAUAACAAAAUUUAAUACUUUUUUUUUAACAACGGAUCAAUUUAAUGCAUGCACUGCCUCCGAAUUGGAGAAUAUAAGUAGAAAUAAAAAGAUAUAAGUAUCUUUAUAAAGUUUUAUGGUGUGCCGUUGCAAAUUGUUUCCCCUUCAAUGUCCAGGCGAGCACCGACCAUUCAUAUUUUUUUUUCAUUAUCUAUUUUAACGACAAAUGACCCCAGGCUGGUGGACAAUGUUGACUCUGCAGAUAUGUGAGUCCUUGACAAAUAAAACAUAGUGUUGCUUUAAUCUACACUAACAUUUUUUCUAUUUUGCCACCUGGCCUUUGGCAAAUCCUAAGGAUGCAAAAUAACAAUUAAUGAUCAUAACAUAAAAUGAUAAGUCAGUUCUUUUUUUCCAUUCUUAAAAAUGAAAUGUGUAAAUCAGUCACCCAGACAUUAUACCUAAGGGGACUGGCAGUUUUGACACCAGCACUAAUGACUGAGAGCAUAACAAAAAUAUAUUAUCUCAAAGAAGGAGUGUAGGAGAAGGGUGUGUGACCCGGUUGUCACCCCGGAAUGUGUUACGUUUUUGGGGGACACAUUUAAGUCAGAGAUAUACCAUGUAUGUGAUGAAGAGUGUUAUUUUAUUUGCGAUCUUGGAAUUGCUCAGUAAAAAAUAAAAAACAACAACACAGGAACAAGUAAACUGUUGGGUGGAUAAGAAAGAACUUGCACCUUUAAAAAAAUUUUAAAAAUUCAAUACCUUUCCCAUCUGCACAAAUAAGGAAAUUGAUGACUUUAAUGAGAGCAACAAAAAGAAUGAAUUACAUAUUUUCAAAAGCAUUUAAAUUGAAAAAAUAUCACAUUAGCAAAUGGCAUCAGCGGGCUGUCGAGCUAAUGCUCCUUAUGCUCCCCCCCACCCCCUAUUUUGCCAGGACAGCCCCCACCCGAGUCCGCAUGUUCGGGUUCCACUGGAGGCCGCCCCAUCCCAAGGACACCCGGUCGGUCCGACACUUUGCAUACACACAGUGCACACAAUCGACUUUCCUAGGAGCCGGGAUGGUAAAUUUACAUCCUAAUAUCUUUCCCACCCAUCCCGGGGAAGCCCCUGGCGCUUUUUAAGAGGGUUUCUGCAGUGGGUUUCCACCACGCAACUUGUUUGUAAAGUAGCUUGGACGAAACGGUUGCCUUGGAGCAGCUUUCUCAGGGCUGCAUGCUUAGAAUCAUUGGCCAGAGGUUUCCACCAUAGCCUCUUGUCUCAUAUCCAUUAACGGCAGCUUGUAACCAUGAUCCCUACCCUGUCUCUGACUUUACUUCCAACUGUGAAACGUCACAGUUGGCAGCCCUGUAGGAGCCUUUUUAUUCCGGCAAGUUCCAUUCACUCGAUUUCAUUUUACUCAGAUGGUCUAAAUAUAUAUUGUGCAUUGAAUCACUCCUGUGCUGCUCUCCUUUCUGUGGCAAUAUUACACACUCAUUUGAUAUUGCAUUGAGCAGUUUGAACAAUGCAUAGCUUACAAUUAUUCAUGUUAUUAUUAUUAUUAUUUUUUUUUUUACUUCAACUCCUCUAGUGACUUGGUUCUACUACCAGUUGGCAUUUUGUUAUUUCUUUCUUAAUGUUAACCCAUUUAGAAAGCUUCAGCACAUAUAUGUAGAGCAAAUUAUACUAGGAUACUCAAUUUAAACUCUGUUAGCUUUAGCACUUAUAUGUAGAGCACACCCUACCAGGAUGCCCAGUUUUAACUCUGUUAGCUUUAGGUUUUUAAAACAAAAAACACAAUGUACUGAAAGUAAAAUGAGCUGGGCUGGUUAAAGAAUCAUCACCAUCUCUCUUCUGAGCUGUAAAUAAAAACUCAGACUUAAACAAGAAUAGAGCUAAUUUACAAAUAGUUCAGACUGGCAUGGUAAUAUUGGUGAAUUAAGAUAUUUAAUAAAAAUGUAAUUUUUUUUUGGUACAAAAUAUCUUUACUAAAGAAUAAAAUUUAAAAAAUUUAAAAAAAAAAAAAAAAAAAUAUGAGUUAAGUUUUAUGCACAAUUUAAAGCACAGGUUCCAGAGAUGGUAUAUCAAUCUCAUAGAUUACGGGUUCAUUUUACUCAAUAUUUAUUGGUUUUAGGAAGGAGAAAAAAAAAGGGUAUGACAGAAAAUUUGUAAGCAUUAUCUACUGAAAAAAUGUUUAAAGAAAUAUUUAUUCAAUUUCAAAUUAAAAUUAAGUUGUCAUUACAAUAAUUUCAUAAUAUCUGGUAAGUCAAUGGAAAACACGUAAAAAGCAACGAAUCCCUCAAAAGUGCUUUUUGUAAACUCUUGUCAUAGUAAUGAAUGAUAUCACACUGAAGUGUUUUGCCUUUUAUGUCGACCCUCAAAAUAUUAUGCUGUUAAAAAUUGUAAUGCUUUAAUAUUUUUUUUAAUAAGAUUAACACCUUGCCUUGUACAUGUCCAAUCUCCUAAUAACAUAUUUGUGAUUUGAACAUCAGGAAAACUGUUCCUAGUGUUUUACAAUAUUUGGGGUAUGUAUUUGAUAGUGUGAGCUCCUCUGAAAUCUGAGUGACACCAGCUUUGACCCAGCUUGUUCUCAAGACUUGCCACCUUGUCUCUUUCUAAUCUGAGCUGAAAUUCAUAGUAGUAAAUGUAUUAAUACAUUCCUCUAAUAAUACAAAAAACUGGUAUUUGUGCUAGACAAUUAACAUUUUACUAAUACAGUGAAGUGUAAAAAAUAAGUACAUACCUCAUUAAAUAAGAAUAAAUACAAUUUUUCAAUAAAAUUGGCGCUAUUGUGGUUAUUUAAUCUUGAAUACUAAAGAGUGUACUCAACAUGAUUUACAGAAGAGAAAAAAAUCUAUCCAGAUAAAAAGAAAAUUUGACAGUCACAUUGGUCAUCUCUUAAAAAAAAGAUUAAGUUUUGGCUAGUGCAAGGCUUAUAAUAUGCUGCUAAUACAUACUCCACCUACGUUUAGUCUUAUAUCUGUUGCUGUUUGCCAGGCAAAUGGCUUGGAGGUUUAACUGGGUGACCAGACGGACUCACUCUAGAGCUGUCAAACAGGCAUGAUAUCUCAGUUUAUGUUGUUAGUAACAUAGUUUUCAUUCAUUCUAGCCUAGCUUCAGCCCCUAGCUAUUUUGCUAUAUAUUUCCUUAAAAAUGCCCUAUACUUUUCAUCCACAGUUUUCUUAAUAAAAUUUGAUAAAAUAAACCUGUUGGGCCUGUUCAGCUAAUUUUGUGUUGGACCAGGCCAUUUAAAUUAUCCACCAUUGAUGUACAAACGCAGCUUGCCUAAAAAUUGCACAAACCAGUACAUCAACUAUUUAAUAUCAUUAGAAUUAAACAUAGUCCUAUUUAAUGCAGUGGGGCUGGGUGGGGUGUGGGGGGGGGGGGGAGGGGCUCAGGCCAUUUAAAUUAUCCACCAUUGAUGUACAAACGCAGCUUGCCUAAAAUUGCACAAACCAGUACAUCAACUAUUUAAUAUCAUUAGAAUUAAACAUAGUCCUAUUUAAUGCAGUGGGGCUGGGUGGGGUGUGGGGGGGGGGGAGGGGCCGGUUGCUUUGAAUUGGUAUUGGUUUUAUUUAGAUUGAUGAGACACAAACAAUUUGUGUCCAUAAAACAAUAUAGAUUCAGCUUUAGUAAUGAUUAUACCGAAUAUGUAAACGUUUUGAAAAAUUACUUCAUCGGUCAAAAAACCCCCCAAAAAACAUUCAUACAUGUUAAAAUUAAAUUUACAUUUUAUAUAUAUAUAUUCAUUCAUGUAUCCUACCUAAAAAUUGACUUGAUUUAGAGUGUGAUUUAUUAGUGGCGGUGAACAAUGGCUGAGUUGGAAAAUAAGUCUAAUUAUUUUCUGGAUGGUAUAAAUUUGUUCAAAUUGUUCAUGUCACCUUGAAGAAGGGCUAGUAUUUUAUUUCCUAAUUUCUACUAUUUUUCUGAAUGUGGCUUGGUGUUAAAUAAUUCAUGAUAAAAUUAAAUAAGAUUCAACCUCUUUUUCAUUUUCUUUAUUGGACCAUUUUCCUCCCUGUUCCUUAGCUGGCGCCGGACGAUUAAAGGGAGAUACAAAUUCCACCUGAGAUUAAAAAAGUUAGAUCUUCUGCCAAGGUGGCUGUAGCACUUGUUAAAAUAUGAAGUUGUUUUUCCCCAUUUCUUUGUUGUUUUUAAUUAAGCGGUUUAUUAAACAAGUAUUUAAAAAAGAAAAAAAAAUGUUUAAAUUCCUUUUCCAGCUUAAUUGACUUGAUUUUUGUAAAUUAAAUUAUCUUUUAAAUUAUUUGUUAAAGCAACCUUAUGUUGUUAAAAAGUUUUUUAAUCAGCUGCAGACCCAUGGAAAGGGUUCAUAUUAUAACAUUAUUUUUUUUCAAAUACUUGUUUUCCUUUCCACUGUAAAUUAUUUUCUGUUAGAAACCUGUCUUAUUCCGUUGCCUUUCUUUUUAAUUAUUUUGUUUGUAUUCCAUUUCUUUUUUUUUAAUUGAUAAAACAAAGUCAUGAGCAUUAAUGAACACCACCACCAACCCCCUCCACCCCCAAAGUUAGAAUAAUCUGUUUUAUUAAGUAAGAAAAGUAUAAUAUGUCAAAAAUCAGUACACUUAUUUUGAUAUUAUAAAAAGCGUUAAAUCCAAGCCUUGUUUCACCUUAUAGUUUUAACUUUUGUUUAAAUUUUGGAGAUUUUGUUUUUAAUGUUUUUGCCCCUUGUGUUCACAUCUUGAUUAUUCAUUAGUUGAACUAUUUUGACUUGACGAGAACAGGAAUUUUUGGUUUAAAAAAUUAUACAUUGUGUAAGUGCUUGAUAGUUAUAAAAGUUAAUUAGAAAUUAUCAUUCAUUGAAAGUGCAAUCAAUGGUCUUGAGGUUUAAACACCAAAUCAUUUUUAUUGUCCUUAAACUUCUCCAAUCUUGUCCCACAAGUCAAGUCUUUCCUUUAGAAUAGUCCAUAACUUUAACAAAUUUCUCCUUUAUUUAUAACAUUAUUUUUUUUUUUAUAUUUUUUUUUUGCCUCAUGAAUUUUUAGUUUAUUCUCUAUAGCUAGUAAUGGGACAUGCAUAAACUAGUGAUGGAAAUGUGUCAAAUGUUUCAACUGUGUUUGAAUUAAUCAUCAUACUAUUUAAUUAGUCUUGUGUCAUAUGUUGUAAAAUUAUUGAUAUCUGUACCUGCAUGGCAUAUCAAGACCGUAAGUGAGAUAACCUGGCCACUGUGAUGAGCCCAACACAAUUUUUGUUUUUUAGUUACUUUAGUUUUGAAUUGUUUGAAUUAGAGUGCAGCAACACAAUCAUUUACCUGUCAGGCUAAUUUUUUUUUAGCCACACUUUCAAAGUCUCUGAGUCAUUUACGAACUCUUUUGGAGUUAAGGCUUGGCUGGCGCAUUCCUUUGUUACAUAUUUUGAAUAUCAAGUUUCUUUUCAAGCAAUGAGAUGCCACUUUGUACAGAAAAAAAGCAAAAAAAUUCCAAAGCCGAUGUAUGUCCUAAAUUAAUUUUUUUAAAAAGUAAAAUACUUUUGUAUCAUCAUGGGCAGUAACGUGUUCAACUUUGAUUGGCGUUAUGGUAGCCUAAAUUAAAAUACAAAACAAAACCAAAUUUCCUUGUCUUGUCAUUAACUUGCUCCACCAACUCUAUAACCAUGGAACCCUAAAAAAAAAUGUAUUUAGUUUUGGGUGUGACGUAUGCAGUGUCCCAGUUCAUCAACUGAAAUAACACUGAACCAACAAUCACAGACGGUUUAGAUUUCGACUCGGUCCUUUAUUUUUAGCAUUUGAAAUACUUCUUUUAUUCCGACAGCGACAUUUAAGAAGCAUUGAGUUGUGGUCUAACAAAGAGUUUUUCAGUGUUGUUUUCCUUUCUUCUGCAUGAGCCAAGCUUAGAUGUAAUUAGAUACGAUUUUUUUCAAAGUGCUGCAAAUGCAGUCAACAUUAGUACAAGUUUCAUGCAAUUUUUUAAUCAAGAACUAAAAAUAGUUUUGGGGAAUUGUUCAGAAAAAAACCUGAAUAAAAUCACAAAUAAUUUUGGUGCAGGGGAAGUAACAGGAAUUGUGUGAAUUACUUGUAAACAACUCAAAAGCCCAUAAUGAAAGUCACUGAGUUGAAACAAAAAUGUUUAAUUCUACUUAUCUGAAAAGCUAAAGCAUAAUCAUUCAUUUCAUUGUCUCAGUAGGAUUUUUUUUUUUUUUUCAAGUGAUAUAGGAAACUCAAUGAAGUGGAUUUGGCCCUCAAAGUAUGAGACAAAAUGGAUGAACUCACCAUUCUUUAAAUAUGUUUGUUACAAUUGCCUCCAACCUCUUAGAUAACAGGAGUUUAAAUGUUUAAUUCUACUUAUCUGAAAAGCUAAAGCAUAAUCAUUCAUUUCAUUGUCUCAGUAGGAUUUUUUUUUUUUUUUCAAGUGAUAUAGGAAACUCAAUGAAGUAGAUUUGGCCCUCAAAGUAUGAGACAAAAUGGAUGAACUCACCAUUCUUUAAAUAUGUUUGUUACAAUUGCCUCCAACCUCUUAGAUAACAGGAGUUUGUUAGUACAGAUGCUAUGUAGUAUGUUAUCUAAAAAAUAUCUGAUUUAAGAUUCCAAAUCAAGUUCAUAGGUUCCAAUUUGACAUGUUUACUUCUUGAGUAAGACAUGUGUCUUUGUUCCAGCUACUCUGGCAACCAUUGUGAUGUUUUUGCGUCACUGCCAUCAUGGUGUUGCUAUGUGACACGGCCAUCAUGGUACUGUUAAGUGACACAGCCAUCAUGGUUUGGCUAUGUGACGCAGCCAUCAUGGUAUUGUUAUGUGACACAUAGGUACUGCCUUAUAAAAGAUUUAUUUUACACUUUUUCUUUUCUUUCAGACCACAUGUCAACACUGAGUUGCUGUUGUCAUCACUGGCAAGUGGUCAUCACCCCAUGACUGUGCCUUACCCAACCCACGUCACAGACAAGCCACGCAAGACAAUCAGCUACUCGGCACCAGCUACACCUGCCAUUACAAUUGAACUAGACCCAGGUGCAUUAAACAACUUUAUUUUAAGCCCACCUAUUUCUUACUUUAAUUUCUGACUCUUUGAAGUCCAACUAUUUCUUACUUUACUUUCUGAAUCUUUGAAGUCCACCUAUUUCUUACUUUACUUUCUGAAUCUUUGAAGUCCACCUAUUUCUUACUUCAUUUUCUGACUCUUUUAAGUCCACCUAUUUCUUACUUUAUUUUCUGACUCUUUGAAGCCCAUCAAUUUCUUAAUUUAUUUCUCAUUAAAUACACUCCAUAGUGGUUCCAACCGUGUUAUCCGUGUUGCUAAAAAUAUCAUGUUCUCUAAUCAGUUCUUGUGUGUUCUGUUCCAGUUGUGAUGAGAAAAGGCAAAAUUAUUCGCUCCAUGUCUCUGAAUGAACCAAAACACCAGAUUGAUGCCAAGGGCCUUAGAGGUUUGCUGAUGUCACAGCGCAAUUCCAGAAUGGUAAAUAUAACUGUUGUGUAAAGAUUUUCCAGUCUGUGGAAUAUUGAACGUGCAUUGUACUUCACAUAUAGCCUUCUUAGAAUAAGGGUUGGCUGUGGUCUCAGCACUAAGGUUACAAAAAGAAACAACUUUUGUCAAUGACAUCUCUGCUUUGACUUUUAAAAACUGUUUGCAUAUCGUGUUUGGAAGUCUGUAUUCAGUUUUACUUGCUCCACAACAAUUUUUGUUUUGAAAUAUUUAGAAUUUUAAUUGAAGGUAUUGUGAUCUAAAUAGCACAUUCAGUCCACCAUAUAUAAAUAAAUUUUUUAUUUAGACAUUCCACUUUUAUUCAUCUUUGACUUAUACACAGCUAAUGUUAUUUCACCGUCCAUGUUGUUCAGCUGUUAAAUCUUACAAACUCUAUGACAAAGAACUGCCUGUAUCACCAUAUUUUAAUUAACUUUUAAAUUGCUUUUUUAAAUUUUUUAUUAACAUAAUUCUUGUGGACGUCCUAUGCCCCAGACGGGGUAAAAAGGCAUAAGAAGAAGAAACUACUGAAGUUGAUAACUUCUAUCAGAUCCUUGUGUUUAUUUGAUGCACUUUCAAUCCAACAUAGGUUACCUUUGUGUAAUAUUAUUUACCAUUCCACCCACAGGCCAUCACUAAAUAUGAUAGAAACCUGACCUUGCAAGCAGACUUACACACAGAGAUUCGCAAAAAGUCCAACAGGAACAGGCGUCUGGAAAGAUUGAUGAGUGAACAGGGCUCGCCACAAGUGAGGCGUAAAUCGUGGUCAGAUUCGGAUGCCCAGGUCUGUGAGGAGAGAGGCCACACCCAUAAGGCUCCAGUCCGCCAUGCCUUAACCGUCGACUUGGGCAACUCUGGCCGACUGGGGUCCUAUGACCCUCUCAGCGAUGACACCCUCUCGCCAAGAUCCCCCGGGUUUCAGCUGGACUCUGUGUUUGAGGAGGAAGAAAAUGAAGCCCAGCCCAUGAUGGGCACGGAUGGGAAGAAGUUAGCCAGGGGGGUCACCAGGUCCAGCAGCAAGCAUAAACUUGAACGACAGAUGGGGCUGGACACGUCCGGAGCUGAUCAGAGUGCCUUGAACCAGUUGGAUGAUUCUGAAACCCAGAGUGAGCCUUUGGUGUCAUUCAUACCUUCGAAACCAGCCAGCAAGGGAGAUAACAAUGGCAAGGGAGAGAAGCCUGCAGCGGGGAGGAGACCUGGGAGAAAUGAGCGCAGAGGAAGUGACCCUCCAAGUGGAUCUAAAAAUGCUUCAAGCAGGGUGUAGGCAGCUAUUGCUACACAUGAUUUUUGCAGUGUUUUGCAAAAAUGAAACAAAUAAAAAUGUGUUAUGUCAUGUAAAACAACUAGCAUUCUAUUAUACAAAUCAGCCAGAUGAGGCAAAGCAGACAAAUAUUUAAAAUUUAAUGUAAUUCUUGUGACAAAAAUUCAACCAAUCUUACACAAGUUUUAAUUUUUUUAUAUUUUUUUUCCAGUUUUAUUCAUCUUUGACUUAUACACAGCUAAUGUUAUUUCGCCGUCCAUGUUGUUCAGCUGUUAAAUCUUACAAACACCACGACAAUGUAUUAACAUUUUUAAUUAACUUUUAAAUUGCUUAACCACUGAAAUUCAAAUUGAAAAAAAAAAAAUAAAUCUUCAGUUCAUUUGUAAACAUUUCAUGCCACGCUGUCCAUGUAAAGUUUGAGCAUUACAUUUAACUUACAAUACCUCACUACAAUGAGAUUGAGCAUAACAUUCAACUUACAAUACCUAACUAGAAUGAGAUUGAGCAUUACAUUCAAGUUACAAUACCUCACUAGAAUGAGAUUGAGCAUUACAUUCAACCUACAAUACCUAACUAGAAUGAGAUGUCCUUUGUUUUGAUGGAUUCAUUCAUUAUGCUGAGCUAUUUCUCCAAGUUUCUUUAGAAGUGUAUCUCAUUUUUAAAUAUACCUUGUGUAAUAUUGUGAGAUGUCUGUGUGUUUCUUUUGUAUAAACCCAGUUGUUGACACGUUACAAUUUUUAUUUGUUGAUGUAGGAUUAUCUUUCUACUUGUCUUGUUGUUAGUUUAUGAGACUUGGUUCCAUUUACAUGAUUUUCAUCUAAAACAUUAACUGCUCUUUACAAUAUAAUACAUACACACACACAUAUAUAUAUUUACAUUUUCACUGGAAUUUCUCAGAAUGCAAUGUUUCAGAAUGAAGGUUUGUGAUGACAGAUUUGUUAAAUUUCCAUUUUGGUUAGUUUGUAACAGGUGUGCUAAACAAGGUGGCCUGCUAAAUAGUUGAACAGUUUAGACACUGACAUUCUGUGUGUGCACAUUUACAAAUCUUAAAUUAAUAGUUUUGGUAAAGCAUUUUACAUUAUUGGUCAUUAUUUUUUGUCUAUGUCAAAAACGAAUAGUUGAA